AUGGAUGGAGACAUCGCCGUGUGCAGGCCAAAUUCGACAGAGGAAGCACAAUCGUACUUCGGGUAUGCCCAUGUGGACACCCCCAACUUAGGGCCGUGGAUUGUAUAUGCAGUUUCGUUUGCAUUGCACCUGACAGCUACCAUGGCAUUCAACGACAGGAUCAGCAUUAGCAUUUUGCGGCACUGUUCUUUGCGAAGGGUGAAGGAUUCCGCGAAGAAUGCAUGGACCAAUAUCGGUGUCACCACUUCCCUUGUCCUGACGACCGUCAUCGGUGCUCUCAUUGAAGGCCACGAGAUCACUCCGCAAGGAUACUGCAUUGGGGAGUAUCAAAUGUUUCAAAUCCGCCAAAUAUACGUAGCAUUGUGUUUGACAUGCUUCUUUGCCAACAUAAACUGUAUCUUGUUCUGUGUGUUGACAUUAUUCCACUGGGAUUCGUUGACAGAUGCAGAUGCCAUCGAGUUUCUGCGGCACAACCCACAAAUUCUGGGAGAGACGGUCAUCUACAUGAUGGAAUCUUAUUUGUUUUUUGUUUUAGCCAUCGCAGCUUGGCUUUAUGGCACAUAUGGUCGCCCGAUUGUAUUUGGGAUCUUCUUAGCUCUUGCUGGCAGUGCAUUAGCCAACACGGCACGUGUCUGGUGGAAUUUGGCAUCGUUCGACCCCAAAGCACCAAGACGGCCAAGUCGACGAUGGGGGCGAACGGGACAACGCUGGCAGCAUGUUUUGGAUCAAGUGUCGGAACAUGAACGGCUGGAAUUGAAACCUGGGGAAGAUUCCAUUCUGGAAGGUGCCCCAGCCAGGAGCUCCAAUCGCGACGAUUCAGAAAGCGAUGUAUCUCAUGAGGCCACCAAUCGAGCGACAACCGAUGGCAGCACGCGAGCUGUGCAGCAGACAAUCUCGCGCGGAUCGUCUGAGGAGCACGUGAGAUGCUGA